AUGUCGUGUGAUGUUUGGCAACAGGUUCUGGCUUUGGACUCUCGCUAUAGCGCUGUCAGGCCAAUAACAAAAUCAAGUACUGAAUUAAGGCAACUUUAUCUUCGAAGAAGGAAUCAGUUAACAAGAGAAAAAGCCGCACUGAGUGUCAACGAGGCUUUCAGACAUCCUAAUUUAUCUUGUAGUUUUCAAUAUGCAGCUGAAACCUCUGUCGCGUCUUUUGUUGCCUACAGAAACAUUCGAUACAUCUUCAGAUUAUCUUACACCCGGAAGACGGAAACUUUAGGCGAGAGUUAUGCGUUUUCUGGUAUUGAGCAUAUUUUUGACCACCAUUCAGGCGCCGUAAAUCGUUUGAGUUUUGCAAACCACGAUUCAAGUCGUUUAGCUUUGGCUUCGUCUGAUGGGACUGUAUCCAUCUGCCGUAUCUCCCCAGCUAGUGGGGUUUUUUCCAUUGCAUGUGUUUUACCAGAAUAUCGUGUAAAACAAACAGAAAUUACAGAUAUAGCCUGGUCCAUGACCAACGAAUUUCUAGCAAGUACGUCUCUAGAUGGAAAUAUAUGUUUAUGGGAUGUUGGAGAAGCUAAGUUGGCACGAGAGUAUUUAAGUACGGAGCUGAAACUUGGCCCACUAUUGACGUGCGCUUUCCAACCCGCAAACAAUAACAUUUUCGCCGUUGGUAGCGUUACUGGAAUUAUUCAGAUGGUGAAUCUUUCUACGGGUAAGACCUGUGUUAGAGGCAUGGACCGUAUUCACGUAGCUGCUCGAGGUAGCAAAACUCGUCUAAAUUCGUCAGUCACUGAGCUACGGGGUUUUUUGGGUACAGGAUGUAUUACAACUUUGGCUUUUGAAAAUGCGACAGGCAAUUACUUGUGGGUAGGAACUGAUCGAGGCAUAAUCCAGUCCUAUUUAUGUGAACCAUCAACAGGCUUUAUCAUCAGAUCACAACGUGUCGAUAUAUCGUCGCUGAAUCUGUCUGUCGUUCCAACCUGCCCUGAGAACGGAAUAAAACUUAAUAAUUUAUUGUACGAACGACCGCCAAGUACUCGAAAAACCUAUUUCCUGUCUAAAGCAGAUCAAAGUUUCAAAAGGUGGAGCAGUCUGAAGAGCCGAGCACGUACGCAUAAUGCGAUAGAUAAGUUACACAGCAAUGGAGGUUCAUCGUUAGCGCCGAGCAUAACUAGUCUUUCGAUAUACUCAUGGCUAUCCAAAGAAAAAAGUGAAACAUAUUUAUUGAUCAAUGCAGCUGGUAUCGGGUUAUUGCUGCUUCGACUAACAUUAGAUAAUAGGAACGUGAUUCUGGAGCAAAGGUUUCCUGUGCAUCAUCGUUCUUUCAAUUCCGUCCCAAAAACACUUCGUCUUAUUCAUUCAUGUUUUGCACCACUCAUAUCAUUCCGUUCUGGAGCUUGUGCUGCGAGUGGAAGUGAAGAUUGCAAUGUAUACCUAUAUAAUGUGUUGAGAAGUCGUAAUGCAGACCCCGCAACAGGAAACAGUUCCUCUCACAAUAAACAAACGUCCACGGGUGUUGUCACCAUUUUACAGGGACAUACAGCUCCAGUGCUAGAUGUAGCGAUCAGUUGGGACGAGAAUAUGUUAGCGUCAGCAGAUGAGAAGGGUUCAGUAAUUAUAUGGAGAAGACAAGAAAAAUCCGACACAAGUUGA